CAGGCACUCAUCAUUGUUCAUUUGCUUUCUCGUCUCAUAGCCAUGGCCUGGCAGGAGAAAGACAUCUCGACUUGGAGCAAGAAGUCUUUGCCAGAGUACUUGUUUGCCUUGCAGGAAGGGCCCUGUUUGCUCCUGACCCCAUGGUCUCACAUGGAGGUACGCUUCUCUCACAUCGAGGUUAGCGGGGAAGUGUGCCUUUGCGGCCGGAAGAGCGAGGUGCUUCAGUUCGACUUGGACAUUGGGGUGCAGCUGGACAUUUUCAAGGCUGUCCGCUUCUACCAGGGCCCGAAGCGGGAAGAGCCGUUCUUUCGUGGAGUGCUUCGGAUCUUCCACUUUGAGCCGAAUAGCAUUCCUGAGAUCCAGGCAAGCUUUGAUCGAGCAGAUGCCAUCAUGGCUGAGGCAGCCGAGGUGACCUGGUUUCUGCAAAAAGGCAUGGGCAGCCGAUUGCUGCUGGCCUCCUUGUCCAGGUGGCAAGCUGCAGCUGGAGAGCAAAACCCUAGACUUAGCCUACCCAGCGGGAUCUCCGCCAUGGUCAGCUUCCAGAACCGCUUGAAGCACCUGGAGGCAAAGCACAACCUGAUGCACUCGAAGCACACUUUGAAGGUUGGGAUGCAACGUGCCCGCCCAGUCGCAUCCAACAAAGAGUGGAAUCAACAUUCCGAGAAUGGAGGCCUUCGAAGAGGAAUGAAGGCUUCACCCUCCCAGCCUUCGAAGUUCAGAGCUCCAGCUGCACAGCUCCGCGAGGUGAUUUUGCGAAAGGACUUUGCCAAGGCUUUCAAGUUGCUAGAUGACGAGCUUCUUCAUUCUCCAGUCGAAGGGCUGUGUGCCAUCCAUUCGGCUGUGGAGAGCGGCUCCUCCCCCAUGGUGGCCUUGGUCAUUGAGGCGCGUGCGGAUGUUGGGCGAAGAGAUGUGCUUGGCCGUACGCCUUUGAUGAUGGCUUUGAAGAAGGGAAAUGUGGCUCUCGUCAAGCGGCUCCUGGAGGCUGGAGCCUUUGAGUCGGAAGUCAUGCAGAGUGGGGAGGACUCCGAGUGGUUGACAAACAAGCUGAGCAAGGACUUCCGAAUGGUUCCGGAAGUGCUGCAGCUCGUUGAAGCCAAGGAGAAGCCCAUGCGCCAUGGCUGGACACUCAGCAAGGCCAUUCUCCGUGAUGCAAGGACUGCUGAAGCUGCGAUCGAGGCUGGAGCCAGCCCUAGCUGCGCGGAUGAACGUGGAGACCUUCCCAUACAUCUCCUUGCAAAGAGCUCCCACCACAAGGAGACCUCCCUUCGUUUGCUCCAGAAGCUGGCAAAAGCACGAGCUGAUGUCAAUGCCAAGAACCGCCGUGCAGAAACUCCACUCCUUUACGCAGCGCAUCGCGGCAAUCUGCCGGUGCUGGAGGGGCUUCUCAGAUUGAGAGCAGAUCCCUCACUGGCAAACGAAGAAGGCAGCACAGCGCUGAUGUUUGCUGCCCAUUCUGGACAUGAAGACGUUUGUAAAGUGUUGUUGGAGGCCCGUGCGCUUGCUACAUCAGUCAACCAACAUGGCCUCACUGCUGAAGAGAUGGCAACAAAGCGAGGCUUCCGCAGCCUCGGUGCAAUUAUUGCAGCAUAUGCUAUGGCGCCGAGGAGUCGUCUUGUGCUUGAAACACAAGCUGCAUGUGCACCAUGUCACCAGCGCAGGGACGAAGAAGUGGAUGAGCACCAGGAAAAGAAAAAGCACGACAAGGUGGAGGUAGCACUCAGAGCUUCACCUCAAGUUCACCUGGAGGCGACCUCGGCUCGCUGCAUCGAGCCAAAUGGGAGAAAGAGUUUCGACGACUACCAAAAGUGGGAUCGCAUCGUGGAAGACCUGGAGUCAAAAGAGGAGGCGGAGAGCCGGCGACAAAGCCUUGAGAUGCAUCCCGAAUACCUUUGGAAGAAUGGCAUGAAGAUGAGGGUGCUGUUCUGAGUAGGAUUUUUGCCGCACAGAAGAUUGCGAGCAAACAACAGAAAAGAGAAAACAUGCGAGAG